UGGAGCUGUGAAUUAGGAGUAGAAAUUGUCCUGCACGCUUUUAUAGUUUCUGGACAUUAAAAUAUAGUUUCUGGACUUUCCUUUGCUGGGCUGCCUAGGUACCAAGCUGUUGUAUUUAUUGGGCGAGUUAGAGUUGGAGCCACUGGCACUCAUAUAUUACAGAGGAUUCCUACGAACACGCCAGGGGUGCCUGGGUCAAUCCAUUACUCCGAGCAAGCAGUGACCAAUAGAAAAGGAAGGGGAAGAUCCGAAAGAGCUGAGGUAAGCUGUCUUCUGAAGCCCUGGCAAAGAGAAAAGGAUCCAUCAAAAGCAAAUUGCAGACUCAUCCACAGGACUCAACGGUGUAUUGCUGGAAGGCAAGGCAAGAUAAUGGCAUCCCCAAUCCUCUUCCUUCUCUGGGUGUUAUUCAUGACACAUACUGCAUGGACUCAAAGUGUGAGACAGCUCUAUGAUGUCUACGAGCCAGAGGACUGGUCUGUGCAUGACUUCAGUUGUCCCAGGGAAUGUUUCUGCCCACCCAGUUUCCCUACUGCUUUAUACUGCGAAAAUCGAGGUCUCAAAGAAAUUCCUGCUAUUCCCUCACGAAUCUGGUAUCUCUACCUUGAAAACAAUGAGAUAGAAACCAUUCCUGAGAAACCACUUGUGAAUGCCACCCAGCUUAGGUGGAUCAAUUUAAACAAGAACAAAAUAACCAACUACGGAAUUGAAAAAGGAGCCCUAAGUCAGCUGAAGAAGCUGCUCUUUUUAUUUCUGGAAGAUAAUGAGCUAGAAGAAGUACCUUCCCCACUGCCAAGAAGUUUAGAGCAAUUACAGUUAGCUAGAAACAAGGUGUCCAGAAUUCCUCAAGGGACCUUCAGCAAUCUGGAAAACCUGACCCUUCUUGAUCUACAGCACAAUAAACUAUUAGACAGUGCCUUUCAAAGAGACACCUUUAAAGGACUCAAGAAUCUUAUGCAGCUAAAUAUGGCCAAGAAUGCCCUAAGGAAUAUGCCGCCAAGAUUGCCAGCCAAUACAAUGCAACUCUUUCUGGACAAUAAUUCCAUUGAAGAAAUACCAGAAAAUUAUUUUAAUGUUAUCCCAAAAGUAGCCUUUCUGAGGUUAAAUCACAAUAAAAUAUCAGAUACAGGCCUUCCUUCCAGGGGGUUUGAUGUGUCAUCAAUUCUAGAUCUGCAACUGUCUCAUAAUCGCCUCACAAAGUUUCCCCGAAUCAGUGCCCGUCUGCAGCAUCUGCACCUCGAUCAUAACAAAAUUAAAAGUGUGAACGUCUCCAUGAUAUGUCCUACCACCACAUUGCAUGCAGAACAAGACGUUUUCAUUCACGGACCUCAACUGAGCUACCUCCGACUGGAUGGGAAUGAAAUUAAACCACCGAUCCCAAUGGAUUUAAUGACAUGCUUCAAGCUUCUUCAGGCUGUUAUUAUUUAAGUACAUCUUUAGCAAUUCCAGAAUUAGCUUUUAAACGAGCUAAAAUUUCCAGCUGCUCUUGGCAACCAUUUUCAUUGUGCAGCUUAUUUUUUUUUUCUACACUAAAAUGCUUCUGCAAUCGGCCAGUGACAUACAGUGCAACUUGUAUUAAUUUUCUUCUCAAUUAAUAUAUCAGACACAGAGUUAAUAAGAUUAUCAACUCAAAGAUAGUUAUGUUGUUUCUGUUACAACUGAUUAAUACCAAGUAAUGCAUUUACAGUGUGAAAGUGAGAAGCCCAUAUUUGUUUUAUGUUCAAACUUAAUUAUGCAGGUGCUAUACUUACACUAUAAACACAGGAAUCAAAGAGGACAUAGGCAGAUUGGAAGCAAACAAAAAUUUCUUUCUCAUGAUUAUGAUGAAACACACGCAGACUGUUGAAUGGAUUUUGGGCACACAACUUAGGCAUUUUAACAUAAGAUGGGUACGAAAUGACUCAAAUACUUCGCAGAAAGAGAUUUUUUGUCCUUUAACACUGAAUAGCAAAGCAGAAGCCAUCUAAAUUCAUUAUCGUAUUACAGCUCUUUCUCUUAGAUACACUGUCUUCUAGCAAUUGAAGAGGUUCUAAAAUUUACAUUUAUUAUAAAGCAUUUCUCACAGAAUCAUCAUGUUUUUACACUUGGAAUUGCAAAUUAAUCAAUUUUCAUUUUGAUCAUGAUAUUUGAAUUUUAUAAAUAAGAAUUAAAGGCUUUCUAAUAAUCCAAUAAAAUGUUUUGAGAAAAUUAUUCUCAUUUCAUUUAGGGACAUAUAAUAAUAAAAAGUGCCAUACUUAUAAUCGUUUUACUUUUUCUAGCAUGAAUAUAUGCAAUCAUAUUUUUAAUCUGUCUUCCUUUUCCUUAUCUUUCCUGUAAAAGUAGAAAAAAUAUUGUAUUGUUCUUAUUUUACAUACUUGUUUCUCAUGAGUUAAAAAAGUAAUCCAAUAUGUCAUUAUGUGAUAAAGUGUACUUUAAACUUUUAGUUUUGUAAGAUAGGUACUAUCAACAAUAAACAUUCCAGAGAGAUUAA